AUGCUGCUUUCGCCCAUACUCUCUGAUACCGGUCUAGCAUCCCCAUCGCUGCCUGUCCUCUCACCGCAUGCGACCGAGCGUUCGAGGCGGACAAUUGCUCGCAAGCGGAGGCGUCUGACCGCUCCGGCAUUUCUCAAUUCACAGACCUCCUGGCUCACGCUGUACUUCGCCUUCAACCUCGGCCUGACUCUGUACAACAAGCUGGUUCUGGUCCAGUUUCCAUACCCUUAUACACUCACAGCGCUGCAUGCCUUGUGCGGAAGCCUAGGCGGGUGGGUGCUGCAGCAUCAAGGGGCGUAUGUUCCUGCUCCAUUGGCUGCGAAGCACUAUACUGUUCUUGCGGCGUUCAGCGCAUUGUACGCUGUCAACAUUGCAGUCAGCAACGUGUCAUUGCAGCUCGUGACGGUACCAUUUCACCAAGUUGUGCGAGCAGCAACACCCAUUUUCACCACAGCCUUAUCAUUCCUGUUGUUCGGCACGCGGUAUACCAGACUAAAGCUCUUCACUCUCAUUCCCGUCAUGUUCGGCGUCGCUCUCGCGACAUAUGGAGACUACUACUUCACAAUGUGGGGGUUUCUCCUCACACUGUUCGGCACAUUCCUUGCGGCGGUGAAGACUAUCUACACAAACCUACUUCCUGUGCCACCGCGCCUCUCCCUACAACCACUCGACCUUCUCUCCCGUACAUCACCCUUCGCAUGUGCACUCUGCAUCGUGUACGCCUACGGCUCUGGAGAGCUGUUGCAGGCGCGCGACUCGCUCGCGUUCGGAAGUACCUCGGGCUGGUUCAAGCUUGCCGUAUUACUUGGCAACGGCGCUAUCGCGUUCGGUCUCAACGUUGUCAGCCUGAGCGCAAACAAGCGUGUGGGUGCGCUGAAUAUGACAGUCGCCGCAAAUGUGAAGCAAGCGCUGACUAUUCUGUGUGCGGUCUCGCUCUUCCACCUGACGAUCACGCCAUUGAAUGCACUCGGGAUUUGUAUCACCCUCGCAGGCGGGGCGUGGUACGCGUGGGUUGAAUACAUUGGCAAGAUGGAACGAAAGCGCGAGCAGAGCCGGAGGGCGCUGACAUCGGCUGCGGUGUCUUGA